UCGACCUUCCGCGGUUUCUCGCUGCGAGACGAGCACUGGCAUGAAUGCUGUAGACCCACGAACACGGAGCAAGGUUCAUCUUGAGGCGGGGGCGAGGAGCAGGUCGGAGUUCAUGAGGCUCGCGGCCUCGAACAUACUCUUCCUGCUCGCUGCAUACCUCGGGAAGGCGACUAUCUUGGAGGGUGCCGUGCCAUCGACGGUAGUCAAGAUUCUUAGUGUCGGGGCUUUGGCAGCAUUCGCGUGGGCGUUCUCGCACAUGCGAGGGCAGACUAACAAGCCGAUCGAGUGGCCUGUGGUUGGGCUCGCUUCAUUAUUACUCUCGUUACGGCUCGGCGCGUCGCUCUUUGCUCUUGUUCGACUCCCAGUUAUCAGGAUGGUUAUUCUAUCUCAAUAUUCACCGGUAUGGAUGGGCUGUGUCCUCAACAACACGUCCCGUCAUUCCACACUCUACCUCCUGCUCGCUAUUGGCAUCUCUUACCUCUCUGAUGCCAAAUUUUCGCCUGAAAAUUUUCGAACGACGUUACCAGGCUACUUUGCCAUUGGCCUCGAAGCGUUGACCACCAGUGUGUUAGAGCAUACACAAGGAGUCCUGCUGCCCACCCUAGGACCUGCCAUGGCCACAGCACUGCCGACCAUUGGGGGUAUGUUAGUCAGCAUCACCAUCUAUAUAUGUUCUCGCUUCUUCCUCAGCCCGAUGCACAUCGAGGAGGCCACUCACGGAUUCACAAUACAGCUAACAGCAGUGAUCAUGCUGUCUGUUGCCCUGCUGUUCUCUUCUCCGGCAAUGACCAGGCGAUUAUCAUACGCUCCUUCUGCACAUGAAAUCAGUUUUGCCUUCAUCGUCGUCCUCGUGUCUGCUGGGCUGUUCAGCGUAGUUCCUCGGCUGCCUACUCUAAGCAUAACUGAUAUUAUUGUUGCCGGAUGCCUCUACUACGGCAUCAGCAAAGGCAAGGCAAGACAGACGAUUGCCAAGUCUCCCUACAGCUCCAUAGCUCAUCUUGCUCGUGGAUAUCUCAAAUCCAUCCUCGAGAAUCCGGAGUCGAGGAAGAUAUUCUACUUUCUUGUGCUCAACAUGUGCUAUAUGGGAGUGCAAAUGCUUUACGGUAUCUGGACCAACAGCCUCGGAUUGAUUUCCGACGCUAUACAUAUGGCCUUCGACUGCAUGGCCAUUGGAGUUGGCCUCAUAGCUUCUGUGAUGGCACGUUGGGCUCCUAACGAACGAUUCACAUAUGGUUAUGGCCGUAUAGAGACCCUCUCUGGCUUCUCCAAUGGUGUAUUCUUGAUUCUUAUCUCAAUCUUCAUCGUUUUUGAGGCCAUCGAGAGACUGAUGAACCCGCCUGAGAUGAACACCAGCCAGCUAUUGCUUGUCAGUACAUUGGGUCUUGCGGUUAAUCUCUUCGGAAUGUUCGCCAUGGGCGGACACCAUCAUCAUGGAGGACAUUCUCAUAGCCAUGGUCAUAGUCAUGGCCACUCGCAUGCGUCUCAUUCGCCGAAGCCCUCUCCCGCAGCAGAGCUUCGUCAGUUGCACUCUCACAGCGAUGAUGACUAUCCUUCACAUGGUCACAGUGAGCACCGCGGCCACAAUCAUUCACGUCAAGGAUCGCUAUCGCCGUUGCGAGUGGACACUGACGACCAUUCAUUGCACUCCCAUUCGCACGCUCAUUCUACCCUUGCCCAUGAGCACUCACACACACACUCGACCCACGACCAUGGACAUGAGCACGGGGGGCAUACUAACUCAAAUUCUGAUGAUCAUGAUCAUGGAAAGCCACAGUCGCACUUGCACUCGGAAGACCUCAAGUCCCCUAUCACGCCAAAUUACAACUUUGAGCGGGACGAGCACUUCGAGAACCACCACGCAAGCUCUCACGCGCCCAACUUACACGAUCAUACACAUGUCCAUGAACAUGGCGGGCACGCAGGACACAGUCAUAACAUGCGCGGCGUGUUUUUGCACGUCAUGGCGGAUACUUUAGGUUCUGUCGGCGUGAUCAUUUCGACCCUGCUCAUUCAAUUUUAUGGUUGGACAGGCUUCGACCCCAUAGCUUCACUCUUCAUUGCGAUACUCAUUGCUGCAAGUGUUAUACCCCUCGUGAUUGACACUGGGAAAGUUUUAAUGCUGGACCUGGACUACCGCAUCUCAAACAUCGAGCCCGCCUUAACCGAGCUGCACCAGGUCGAUGGCCUCACGUCGUUCUCAUCGCCGCGCUUCUGGCCAAAGGACGACAGCAGUAUCAUCGGUUCGAUACAUAUCAGCGUUGCGCCAUCUGCGGUAGCCCACGACCCCAGCGGGCCGCAUUCGACGGUGCAGGGCCGGUAUCAGCAUGUCGAACGUGUAGUCGAGCGUGUGGACAGUCUGCUACGGAGUAGGAUUCCUGGAUUAGAGGAGCUCACUAUUCAAGUAGAGGGAGCGUGAUUGGGUACUUUGCAACAGCAUGCGGUUGUAUCUAGAACUUGUAGUAAUGCGCUGCGAUCGCUCGACUGCGAUGUGUACGUUGUGCGCGAGUGAUAGCGGUCGAAUAUAA